AUGGUUGUAUUCCCUUCGCAAGCCGAAUGCCGCAGACGUUGGGACUCGCGGGCAUCGCUGCCCCGGGCCUACUCGACGCACCCGCCGAAUGCGCGACUCAACCUACCGGUCGACUACUCGACCGCGCCGCUAUUAGCCCACAGCUCGCAAGUAGCCCUUGGCCAUCCCGAGCUGCCGCCCGAGGCCAGGAACGGGACGGCGAAGCGCAUGAACCUGUUCCAGGCUAUAAACGAUGCCUUGUCGACCGCUCUUGCCGAGGACGAGAACGCCUUGGUGUUCGGCGAGGACGUCGCCUUUGGCGGGGUGUUCCGCUGCACCAUGAAGCUGGCGGAGAAUUUCGGCGAAGCUCGCGUCUUUAAUACGCCCCUGACGGAACAGGGCAUCAUGGGAUUCGCCGUCGGGCUGGCCGCCGAGGGCAUGCGGCCGAUAGCCGAGAUCCAAUUUGCCGACUAUGUCUAUCCUGCUUUCGACCAAUUAGUCAACGAGGCCGCCAAGUACAGAUAUCGCGAAGGGAGGACGGGGAGGAGCGUGGGCGGCCUGACGGUGAGGAUGCCGUGCGGCGCGGUGGGCCACGGGGCGCUGUACCAUUCGCAGUCGCCCGAGAGCCUCUUCACCCACAUCCCCGGCCUUAGAGUGAUAGUGCCGAGAUCCCCCUUGCAGGCCAAGGGCCUCCUGCUGUCUGCCAUCCGAAGCAACGACCCGUGCGUCUUCAUGGAACCCAAGGUCCUGUACAGGGCGGCGGUCGAGCAGGUCCCGACUCGCCCAUACACCCUGCCGCUGUCCAAGGCUGAGGUCCUCAAGGAGGGCAAGGAUGUGACCAUAGUCUCGUAUGGGCAGCCGCUCUACACGUGUAAUGCGGCGAUCCAGAAGGCGGAAGAGGACCUGGGCGUCUCCGUAGAGCUGAUCGACCUGCGGACGGUGUUCCCCUGGGACAAGGAGUGCGUCCUCAACAGCGUGCGGAAGACGGGUAGGUGCAUCGUGGUGCACGAGUCGAUGGUCAACGCAGGGAUCGGAGCCGAGGUGGCUGCAUCCAUCCAGGAGGAUCCGGAUACCUUCAUACGACUCGAGGCCCCGGUGUCACGCGUGGCAGGAUGGAGCACCUUUACCCCGCUGCUGUUUGAGAAGUUCAACGUGCCCGACGUAGCUCGUAUCCCGGAAAAGGCCGAGAUGGCAACUCCGCUAGAGACCCUCGAGUCCUUCGUGGAGGGCGCACCGCCAGGCGAGGUAUGCAUGCUUCCAUCUCACCAGACAGACAUUAAAUCCCUCACGAUCAACGAGCCCGAGCUCGUUUCGCAGUUGGGCCCGGCGUUCCAGCGGUACAACGAGGAGCAAUUCGUCACGGCGAAGCUGCCUGGCAGCCCCCAGCAGGUCAUCGUCAGCUCGCACAACGCCCUAGUCGGCGGUCGCUACUACGACGUCGAGAGCUCGUCGAGCUUCGCCUUCGACCACGCCGCCCAGCGGGCGAGCGCCGUCCAGAGCCACGUCCUCGACAGCCCGCACGCGGAACUAGUGAAGUCUAUCAUUAAGAGUCUGUCGGCCUACGUCAAGGAGCACUUCCCCAGCGCUUCCUACGGCGCCUGGCCUAUAGAGAACGACUCCAAGAUCGCCAUCAUCAUCGUCGCCAACAAGUAUAGCCCGAACAACUUCUGGAACGGGCGCUGGCGCUCCCUCUACAUCGUGGACCCGUCGUCGGGCGCGCUCGAGGGCAGCGUCAAGGUGGACGUGCACUACUACGAGGACGGCAACGUGCGGCUGCAGACGCACAAGCCGAUCGCGGCCUCGUCGCCGGGCGGCGGCGGCGCGACGGGGGCGGCGCUGUCGCGCGAGAUCGCGGCCGCCGAGCGCCGGUACCAGGAGGAGCUGAACCGCGGGUUCGCGAGCCUCAGCGAGGGCGCCUUCAAGGGCCUGCGCCGCCAGCUCCCCGUCACCCGCCAGAAGGUCGAGUGGGACAAGGUCGCGAGCUACCGCGUCGGCCAGGACAUCGGCGGCGGCAGCUCGAGGAGGUGA